AUGGCUGGUCCGGCUGCCGACCUCUCUCGAGGGCCAGUCCUUCUCUCCUUCUCCCUGGCCACGGCGAGCUUUGCCAUGGCCACGACAUUUGUUCGCUUCUACGUCCGACGGAGCCUCUACGGAGGUUUCGGGACGGAUGACUACGUGAGCGGGGCAGCAACACUCGUAGCACUGAUAGCCACGAUUCUCGGAAUACUCGAGGCCACCGCGGCGAGCGGAGAACGGGCCGUGCAGUUCGACGUAGCAGGACGGCCGUGGUAUCUGAUCAGUGCCACGCUCAGCAAGAUCUCGAUAUGCCUCUUCUUUCUCCGAGUCUUGGGAAGGGCGCGGCAAUGGCGCACUCUUCUGGCUGCGUUGAUCGCGAUAAUGGCCAUCAUCACCCUCGCCUUUACCCUAUUCACCUAUCUCCAGUGCCGGCCGUUGGAGAAAGUGUGGAAGCCGUUUGUGACCGGAAGCUGCUUGGACGCCAGCAUCCGCAUGAACUUUGCUUAUGCCCAAAGCGGUAGGUCGUUUUCUCUUGGUCUGUCUCGGCAGACACUGGACUGA